AUGCCGGGAAACAUGUACAACCAAUCGCCGCAGCCUCCACGCCGAGACCCGGACACGCAGAUGGCGUCGGAACCCACACUCUCCUCCCUCGCCGCGCUCGCAGAAACCUCUGCGGCUGUGGACGACGAGGGCUUCUCUGCAGACCCCUCAUCCUCGCGUGGCGCACCGAAGACAAAGGAGCAGCUCCGCCGCCAUUAUAUCCGCGCUCUGCACAAAGUGAUCGACGAGAGCGACAUCGUCAUCUUGGUGCUGGAUGCGCGCGAUCCGGAGGGCUGCAGAAGCAGGCUCGUCGAAGAGGAAGUCCGCCGGAGGGAAAGCGAGGGCAAGAAGCUGGUUUUCGUGCUCAACAAAAUCGUACAGCUCGAACGUGGGCUAAAGGUCAUCGACUCGCCCGGUGUCGUCUUCGAUGACGAUGACUUCGACGACGGCAAGGGGAGCAAGAAGAAGAACAUCCUCCUGCGGAACGUCGACCAGAUCGCGCCCGGGGCGGAGACGGUCGGGCAGGCGCAGAUCGUCGCCGAGCUCGCGAAGCCGUUCUCGCUCGACAGGCUCUUUGGCGCCGCCGACGCGGGCGCGUUCGGGUUCGAGCCACCCGCGGACGUGGAGAUGGGCGAUGAGGAGACGGAGGACUUCCCCGAGGAGAUGGACGAGGACGGUCAGACGACCUCGCCCCGCACAUCCCGCGCAAACGCUCGCGCUCCCCCUCCGUCGCCUCCACCACGCGCACCUCCGCCACGGAGGGCGCGCGGCCCCCGGCGCUCGCACGACGUGCCCGCGUACGACGCGCCGGUGGAGGAGCACGCGCGGCGCGCGAUGGCGAGCGCAAACCCGCUCGGGCGGCGCGUGCUGAAGCGCGAGGCGAAGAAGGCGCGGCGUGCGGCGACGCGGGCGCUUGGGCGGCCGCUGGGGGGCGGGAUGGACGUCGAUGAUUUGGGGCUGGGGGCGACAUUCAUGGAUGCUGAGCCUUGA